AUGAGUGACUUGGACAACGAAGUCGAGGUUUCUACUCAGGCGCCUGUGACCAAAGAUAGCGAAGACAAUAGUGUGGCAUGCCCGGGUACGAGCCAUGGCACGUUGGUACAGCCACCGCUGAUGACUGCCUGGCAGCGAGAGCUUGCUGCAUCUCGGGUCGGCAGGCACAGCAGAGCUUCAAGCAUCAUUUCGACCCGCACGAGGCUGACUGUACAAAGCGACGACGCUCGCAGCGUGGAAAUCGAGGCUGGUGGACAGACAUUCCGAAUCAGCCGUGACGGCUCAAGUGUCAGUAAUACCACGGCGCCGCCUCCGUAUCCUGGUCCACCACUUCCUGAGCUUGUCGAGGAAAGCGACGAAGAUGAGCUGACGGAGCAAAUCAGGCCCUCACUUGACACAGUCCGAGGAGGUGAAACUGGCGAUGAGGUUAUUGCGGAAUCUGCCGAGAACGAUCUACCACUCAAAACACAUCAGUCAACCAAUGACCACAGAGGGGACACCUCACCGUCUUCGUGUCGCAAACCUUCAGGUUUCGAAUCACUGCACAGGUUAAAGUCCAUGAUUUCUGGGCGUUGGUAUGGAUCAGAACUGUCAGAUUCGACCCUAUUGACGACAAGCACGAAUGACCUGAUGCAGACAACAAGAACGAAUUCAGCCAGCUCCAGCCGUGACAAUGACUCGCUCGAGGAUCAGGACGGGCUAGUCCUACCAAUCUUGGACGCAGAGCGGCGGAUGCAGGAAGCGUCGUUGAGUACAGCCCCCUCGUUGUCUGGGGUUGAAGAUGAACCAGCAGCAGAAAUUGGUCGGUAUUACCACAACCUCAUCCGCGACAUGGACCGGGAACAUAGGAAAAAGCUUCAUGAGCGAGACGUGGAGUUAGCACAGUUUCGAGAAUUGCUUAAUAACCAAGAUGUGGUAUAUCGCCAACAGCUGCGAGAACGAGACCACACUAUCGAAAGCCUGAAGAGCCAAGUCUCGUCAGCCAAUACGCACAUGGAGGGGCUGUGGAAGAAGUAUCUGGAAGUCGAGGAGGAGGUGGAGGCUAGACUAGAGAAGGCGAGAAAUGAGGUAGAGGAUGUAUGGGAGAAAAGGUGGAAAGAAUACGAGGCGCUCCUGAGAAGAAAGAUGAUAGGACUAUGUGAAGAGCUUCCUCGCGGUAAGGCGAUAUCGAGCACUUCUGAGUCGUGUGCCAUCGUGGAGCUGGAAGCACUAGAUUAUGUCCACUAUGAGGAAGUCUAUCAGCCUGAGCCCGCGUCUGAUGCUCCUUCGUAUCAUUGA